CUCAAAUUGCCCCCCUCCUCUCGUUUCUACCCUGGGACUAACGUUGCUGGUCAGUGCUGUGUGAAGGCGUCCCGGAGCAGAAGACCUGCGUCAAAGAAUGUGGAUAAACCUCUUUUAAGACAGCACAAACGUUAGAUCAAAAGAUGGAAGUGCAGGAACAGGAGUCUCUGGGGAGAUGGGAUGGGCUGGCCAGUCGGGAUGCCGUCUCCAGGAGCGAAGCCAUGGAGAACAUCUGCCAGAUGGUCAUGAGGAAAGUGGAGGCCAUCAAGCCAAUACCAGUGCCGGUCCCGUUAUCCCCGGCCUCUGGGUGCCUUCCCACCAGUGACCUGAACGACAUCUUGGCUCACAUCCUCAUGCUCUCCAAACGGUGUCCCUUCGAAGACGUCAGGGAAGGAUGCAUGCGGCUUCUACAAUCCAUCCAGGACUUGGGGGUAAGGAUCCCAAGACCCUUAGGCAACGGACCAAGCAGAUUUAUCCCUGAAAAAGAGAUUCUUAAAGUCAGUAAAGUGGACGCCCGGACACAAUCGAUAUUUGAGGAUGCGUUUGCAGCCCUCGGUCGCCUCGACAACAUUUCAGUGGUGAUGGGCUUCCACCCGCAGUACUUGGAGAGCUUUCUCCGGACGCAGCACUACCUGCUGCAGAUGGAUGGACCCCUGUCUUUGCACUACCGACACUACAUCGGCAUCAUGGCGGCAGCUAGGCACCAGUGUUCCUACUUAGUCAACCUGCACGUGAACGACUUCCUCCAGGUCGGCGGUGAUCCCAAGUGGCUGAACGGCUUGGACGAGGCCCCGCAGAAGCUGCAGCAGCUUGGGGAGCUCAACAAAAUCCUGGCCCACCGGCCUUGGCUUCUCACGAAGGAACACAUCGAGCGCCUUCUGAAGGCCGAGGAGCACAGCUGGUCGCUUGCAGAGCUCAUCCACGCCGUGGUCCUCCUCACACACUACCACUCCCUCGCCUCGUUCACCUUUGGUUGCGGCAUCACGCCCGAGAUCCACUGCGAUGGCGGACACACGUUCAGGCCCCCUUCUCUCAGCCAGUACUGCGUCUGUGACAUUGCCAAUGGCAACGGUCAUGCUAUCCACCACGAUGAUCUGCUUGCCAACCAGGAGAUGUGCGGCGAGGUGGAGGUGCUGAUGGAGCGCAUGAAGCAGCUCCAGGAGUGCCGCGACGACGAGGAGGCGAGCCAGGAGGAGAUGGCGACUCGCUUCGAGAGGGAGAAGACGGAGAGCAUGCUGGUGGUCACGGCAGAGGACGAGGAGUGCGUCCCCUCCAGAGACAUCUCCCGACACUUUGAGGACCCCAGCUACGGCUACAAGGACUUCUCCAGGAGGGGGGAACACGUGCCCACGUUCAGAGUGCAGGACUACAGCUGGGAGGAUCACGGCUUCUCUUUGGUCAACAGGCUGUACCCUGAUGUUGGUCAGAUGCUGGACGAGAAGUUCCAGAUGGCCUACAAUCUGACCUACAACACCAUGGCAACACACAAGGAUGUGGACACCAGCAUGCUGCGCAGGGCCAUCUGGAACUACAUCCACUGCAUGUUCGGCAUCAGGUAUGACGACUAUGAUUACGGGGAGAUAAACCAGCUUCUGGACCGCAGCUUUAAGAUCUAUAUCAAGACCAUGGUGUGUAGUCCAGAGAAGACCACCAAACGAAUGUAUGAGAGUUUCUGGAGGCAGUUUCAGCACUCCGAGAAGGUCCACGUUAAUCUGCUUCUUAUGGAAGCGCGAAUGCAGGCGGAACUGUUAUACGCUCUGAGAGCGAUCACCCGCUACAUGACAUGAAGUGCUUUUUUUGGCGUUUUUAUUGUUGUCUUUUUACUGUCGUUGUUGUUGUCGUCGUUGUUGUUGUUGAUCAUUUUUGGACACUUCAAGAAAAGAAAUCAAAAGGGGGCAGUGUGUAGGGUGUGUGUGUGUGUGUGUAGGAUGUGUGUGUGUGUGUGUGUGUAGGGGGGGGUCAACAAAAAAGAGAGAGGAGAGGAGAUGAGAAGCCCCGGGGUUGUGACGGAGCUUGUUGGAUGGAUGUUGAAAAGAGGAUCAGAACAAAGAAAGCGACGGCUGUUGAAGAAAGUCAUCUCAUGCGUCAAGUGGAUACACAAACUCUGAUCUUGUUGCCUACAGUGCCAAAACUGACCAAGAGAGGGCAGCCUGGAGCAAACUCCUGCCCUGAUGAAGGGAGUUUGUGCCGAGCCUGAGCACUGACACUGGAGGCACCCAGGACGACGUUUCAGUAUUCCAGCACUCACCAGCAUUUGUCGCCCGUCUCAUCCGUCUCCUGGUCGAGCGAAGACCCACCCAAAGUCCCCAAGAAAGCUGUGCAGCGACAUAAGGGUCUGCACUUUGAUUCUGACGUCACUGUCACGUUUGUUUAGCAUCUUUGCAUUUCAUUUUGUAUCAAGGGAAGAAGAUGUGUCAACUGUGAUUGCUCUUAGUUGUGACUGGAGAUGGAAGCAUUAACUUUGGGCAAUGUUUUUUUUGUUGUUGUUGUUGUUACGUGUGCCUGAACUAUCCAGCACAGUGUGCAUACGUGCUGAUGCUGCUGCUCCCAUGUUGUAUUCAGUGGGGUCAUAUUGAUCCCCAAAUCCCCCCAUCCACCCCCCAACAUAGCCCCUGUCCAUUAGAAAUCCACUGCAUUAACCCCGUCCCUCUUGUCCUCUACCCCCCAGCCCGAAUCUCAAAUGUCAAUGUAAGCUAAUCCAAGGAGUGCGUUUGAAAACCGGAGAGGUUGUGGAAAGUAACUCAAAGAACACUGUCUGAGCCCUUUUUUUUUUUUUUUUUUGAGUUUGACUGUACAUGUGUGGAUGUUUUCAUGGUGACUGAGGUGUGGAUGUUUUCUGUGCGUGUGUGUGUUCACAGAAAAAAAAAAUUGUUUUGAAUUUCAUGUGUCUGAAAAAAAAAAAGCGAGGCACUGUGAAGGAAAGUCUUCUUGCUUCUGCUGUAGCUCUGUUUUUGUCAGAUAACUGUUUUAUUAUUUGUUGUUGUUAAUGAUGAUGAUGAUGAUGUCUUUAUUUUUCUGGUAACAGGGGAGGGGAGAAAAAAGAAAAAGCUAAUCAGAGAGAAAGUUAGAAGCCAGGUUUUCCAGAAGGGAUUUGCUUCCGGUUGCCCUAACCACACCUUAUCUGUCUUCCGCUCAUCCCAGCUGCCUGGUCACCCUAACACUUUGGAAGCUUUGGAUUGUGAAUUUUACCAGUAAAUGAAUACCUCUUCUGUUUUUCUCUAAAAAACAUAUAAGAAGUGCUCUUUGGUGAGCAGAGACUCUUUCCGGGCGGUCGUGUUCCCCAUUGCUCGGGGACCCGGCUCGCCCACACAGGGCCGAGUGCGUUCGAUGGCUGUCGAACGCAAAAGGUUGUAGCUGUGCUUAUUUCCCUGCCGGGGGAAGUCUAACCAGUGCAAAAGCAGCUUUUGUUUUGUUUUGUUUUGUUUUAAAAAGAAAAGAAAAAAAAUUGAACAGAGGUGAGAAACCUCUGCCGUUUUUGUUUUUUGUUUACUAAAAACCAGUUAAGUACUGCAUUCUUCUGAGGGUGGAUUGAGAGAAUCAGACAGAUGAAUGAGUGAUAUCCUGAGGAGGAGGAGGAGGAGGAGGAGAAAGGAAUGGUACAUUUGGAAGUGGUUUGAGAGGAAGUGGAGGAAUUUUUUUUUUCAAACUUCUGACUGAUGUCAGUUACUGACACUUUUUUUUAUAUGAAAAUAUAUGAAAAAGAUGAAAAAAAAAUAAACUAUGAUAUUGAAUUGUUGUGUAUCAUUCGUAGUUUUCUCCUAAACAAUUUGAUUUUGUUGCUCUAUCAAAGCGAUUGUACUCGAUGUGGAGAGGCCUAUACAAUUCAGGAAUCAAAACAGUCAUAGCACAAUCACCAUCAGCUCACUUCCACUGCUCAGUUGCACAAGUACAGGAAAUCAAACAGCCCACGGUGAUCAGUAAGCAUGUUUUGAAUGCUUUUAUGCAAAUGAUGACUCAUGAGAAGACAUGGAGUGUUGUGCUAUCGCCUCAUGUUCCAAAGUACACGCAGCUCUUUGAUAAUAAAGCUGACUUCAUCAACACGAAUCUGAACUCAGGGGAUCGGUUCAGUUUGUCACCAGUACGGUCCAGGGACUUUCAUGUGAAUUUCAUUUUUACUGUACAAGCUUGUGAACUGUCUGACUCACAGGGAGCCGGAGAAUGGUCCCUGUUUCUGUGGUGCGGUCGAGGUCAAAGUUUCUCUUUGCUCCUGACCAACGGUUUGGAUUGAGAUAAGGAGGGAAUUCCUCAUAGGAUACCUUACCUCUCUUUCCUGUUUGCCUCCACGUCACUGGGGAAAAUCCUUCUCUUUCCCUUGUGAGGCUGGAAAUGUGUCUGAACUUCAGGGUCUUUCCCAUCGAGGCCGCAGAGGCCUGUCUGUCACUUCACAAUCACCAGGAGAAACGCAGUGUGUUAUCCCUGCUGACCAAACUGCCUUCACAUUUCAGUGGCUUUCCCAGACGAUAUGUGGAAUCGGAAACAUGUAUUAAGCAACCUCUAUACCAGCCAGCUAACUGUCUUUCAUAUCAACCUAAUGAAUUCUAUGUAGAGAACAAUGUUUGUUAUUAACGCUGGCUAAUCAGUUGUUUAGGGGUUUUUGAAACAUUGGCUUGUCUUGUGGUUGUUUUAAAGUCACUUUUGUGUGAAAACUGAGGGGAGCUGACGCAGAGGGUUUCUACAUUAAGUGCCGUUUCUGAUUUGUUUCGAUGUGAUAAUGAUGUGAUUUUGAAAUGCUGUACUUUAGGCUACUUGGUGUAACUUGUAAGCACUGCCUGGCCCCAUAUCUGUGUAACAAUAAAGGCGUUGAGAAGCAAAAUGA